GAGAGAAGUGGUGGCCGGUAAAAACCGCUCUGAACCCCUACUGAGGUUUAUUUGCGCCGGCGGCGACUGAACUGCUUUGCUAAUCCGAGACUACUGGAAGCCAUGGGAGAACCAGUGAAAGGGACGGUGACGCCACUCUCCUCACUUUUCCCCGUGGAUGAAGCUCAGAAAGCGUUGCAGCGCGUGCACGAGACGAUCGAUGAGCGGCAGAAACAGCUGGAUCAACUAAACGGCUUCGUCGCGGACAACAAAAACCUCAUCAAUCUUGUUCAGCGUCUUCCCGACAAACUCCACCACGACGUAAUGGUUCCAUUUGGUAAGGCGGCGUUUUUUCCUGGUCGAUUGAUUCAUACCAAUGAAUUUCUGGUUUUACUGGGGGAGGGUUAUUAUGCUGACAGAACAUCCAAACAAACUGCUGAGAUUUUGACAAGAAGGGGUAAGGCUUUGGAGUCCCAAGUUCAAUCUAUAAAGGCUGUCAUGCAGGACCUUAAAGCUGAAGCUUCAUUUUUUGAUGCCACGGCUGCUGAGUCAGCGGAGGGUCUUGUGGAGAUUAGGGAAGACUGUGUUGAGGAAACUUCUUACGGAGAGUCAGCUGCAUCAGGGGUCCCAGAUGUCACGUCUUGUAGUUCUAAAGCAGAAGAUGCUAAACAAGAAGUUGACGAUGAAGAAUAUGCUUGUAUUUUAUCCCGGAUGGAUGAACUUGAGAGAGAAGAAGAAGAAGAAGCUGAAAAAGCUGACGAAUCUAUUGAAGAUGAACCUGAUGAGACCAACUUAGAUAGAAGUAUUCACCAACAUGCCUUGGAUAAACAAAUUGCAAGUUUAGAGUUGCAUGAUUUGAGUAACCUGACAAAAGGAGCUAGAUCUUCAAUAACUAACUCAAAUGAAGGUGGAGUGACAGUGUCAAGAAAUCACUCGAAAGAUUUUUCUGAUCAGGUGCAAGUUGAGGCUUCAAAUGUGCGUGCUCUAUCUGAAGAUGAUUACUCACAAGGAGAAUGCUUGGCAUUCCGUCAGCCAAGUUCAACUGAUGUAACUCCAAGGCUUCCUGUAGUGAAGGACAAUAUCAAGGCUCCAGUUGUGUCGGAAAACAAGGCUGUAGUGAACACCACUGAACAAAGCUUUGAUGUUAGCAAGGCAUUUACUGGCUCUAUCGUUGAACAUUCACCUAACUUUGAUAUGCAACCAAGAGAGCAACCUGUUGGUCGUGCCUCAAAGCCAGUAUCUAGAUUCAAGAUGCAGAGGAAGUGAUUGUGGGGUUUGGACAUCCUUAAAAUAUAUGGAUAACCUCCGGCCAGGAGAAUGAACUUUUUUGAUUUGGGGUACUACAUUGUUAUUUAGUCGAGUUUUGGUAAGGCCCAUUUAGAGAAUGAACUUUAGACAACCAGUAGUGGAACUUUGAUGUCCAAAUUAGACAUAUUUUAGGUAUCAUAGACUGUGUUCUGUGUUGUACAAACAUUAGGCAAAAUUUUGGCAAUGUGUCAUUUGUGAAUCUUUAUUAUUUCCCAAAUUAUAAAAAUUAUUAUUAUUAUUCA